AUGCAGCUUAAAGUCAACAAUGUGAGGGGCAAAGUCAGUGGAAAGAACAUCCAGUGUCAGUUUGCUGCCACAGUACCAGACUCUACUAGCACCACAACUAGAGCAGACACAAGCACUACAAGUUUCUCAAUGUCAGUCUCCACUGGAACUUACAAUGCCAGUUCUGAUGGUCUGGGAAGCCCUACUGCCAAGAUAACAACUGGUGUGGUAGACCUGGCAAAUGUUAAUGCCACUAUCAAUAAUCAGAUUAAUUCCAACACCACAGCACCACCCAACACGACUGCAGCUCCAACAACACCUGCCCCACUGGUGCCUGACACUAAUGUGACAAUUCUUAAUGCCUCUAUUACUAGAACUGAAUGUGGCAGGAAACAGCUGUGUGCAGCUCAGCCCUCUGGCUGUGACCCCUCAAACGGGACAUGUUUCUUCCUUGGUGCCCAAGCGCUUGGAGGUCAAAAUUUUAUGUUUGACCUUGCAGGAGAAUCAGACGGCUACAUUGCUGCCACCCUGUCACGUAACACACAGGUAUUCAAUGACACAACCUACAUCUGUGCAAAUAACAAUGGUGUAGUCAAAUUCUUCAGUGCUCUUCUGAACAACGGCAAGCUGACUCGCACACCGCUUAAAGUCAACAAUGUGAGGGGCAAAGUCAGUGGAAAGAACAUCCAGUGUCAGUUUGCUGCCACAGUACCAGACUCUACUAGCACCACAACUAGAGCAGACACAAGCACUACAAGUUUCUCAAUGUCAGUCUCCACUGGAACUUACAAUGCCAGUUCUGAUGGUCUGGGAAGCCCUACUGCCAAGAUAACAACUGGUGUGGUAGACCUGGCAAAUGUUAAUGCCACUAUCAAUAAUCAGAUUAAUUCCAACACCACAGCACCACCCAACACGACUGCAGCUCCAACAACACCUGCCCCACUGGUGCCUGACACUAAUGUGACAAUUCUUAAUGCCUCUAUUACUAGAACUGAAUGUGGCAGGAAACAGCUGUGUGCAGCUCAGCCCUCUGGCUGUGACCCCUCAAACGGGACAUGUUUCUUCCUUGGUGCCCAAGCGCUUGGAGGUCAAAAUUUUAUGUUUGACCUUGCAGGAGAAUCAGACGGCUACAUUGCUGCCACCCUGUCACGUAACACACAGGGAGUCAAUGACACAACCUACAUCUGUGCAAAUAACAAUGGUGUAGUCAAAUUCUUCAGUGCUCUUCUGAACAACGGCAAGCUGACUCGCACACCGCUUAAAGUCAACAAUGUGAGGGGCAAAGUCAGUGGAAAGAACAUCCAGUGUCAGUUUGCUGCCACAGUACCAGACUCUACUAGCACCACAACUAGAGCAGACACAAGCACUACAAGUUUCUCAAUGUCAGUCUCCACUGGAACUUACAAUGCCAGUUCUGAUGGUCUGGGAAGCCCUACUGCCAAGAUAACAACUGGUGUGGUAGACCUGGCAAAUGUUAAUGCCACUAUCAAUAAUCAGAUUAAUUCCAACACCACAGCACCACCCAACACGACUGCAGCUCCAACAACACCUGCCCCACUGGUGCCUGACACUAAUGUGACAAUUCUUAAUGCCUCUAUUACUAGAACUGAAUGUGGCAGGAAACAGCUGUGUGCAGCUCAGCCCUCUGGCUGUGACCCUCAAACGGACAUGUUUCUUCCUUGGUGCCCAAGCGCUUGGAGGUCAAAAUUUUAUCUUAAAGUCAACAAUGUGAGGGGCAAAGUCAGUGGAAAGAACAUCCAGUGUCAGUUUGCUGCCACAGUACCAGACUCUACUAGCACCACAACUAGAGCAGACACAAGCACUACAAGUUUCUCAAUGUCAGUCUCCACUGGAACUUACAAUGCCAGCCGAUCUCGACCAGCAGGGAAGAGUCACUUGGAUGAGAACCUGGGGUGCCGCCAGCAUCCCCUGCCCCAGCGGCUGCUGGAGCGGGCGGGCGGUACGGUGAGAGCCUCUCCUGGUGCAACACCGCCACGCGCCCUGGGCCCGGCAUGCGGAUCCGGUUCUGAUGGUCUGGGAAGCCCUACUGCCAAGAUAACAACUGGUGUGGUAGACCUGGCAAAUGUUAAUGCCACUAUCAAUAAUCAGAUUAAUUCCAACACCACAGCACCACCCAACACGACUGCAGCUCCAACAACACCUGCCCCACUGGUGCCUGACACUAAUGUGACAAUUCUUAAUGCCUCUAUUACUAGAACUGAAUGUGGCAGGAAACAGCUCUGUGCAGCUCAGCCCUCUGGCUGUGACCCCUCAAACGGGACAUGUUUCUUCCUUGGUGCCCAAGCGCUUGGAGGUCAAAAUUUUAUGUUUGACCUUGCAGGAGAAUCAGACGGCUACAUUGCUGCCACCCUGUCACGAGUCAAUGACACAACCUACAUCUGUGCAAAUAACAAUGGUGUAGUCAAAUUCUUCAGUGCUCUUCUGAACAACGGCAAGCUGACUCGCACACCGCUUAAAGUCAACAAUGUGAGGGGCAAAGUCAGUGGAAAGAACAUCCAGUGUCAGUUUGCUGCCACAGUACCAGACUCUACUAGCACCACAACUAGAGCAGACACAAGCACUACAAGUUUCUCAAUGUCAGUCUCCACUGGAACUUACAAUGCCAGUUCUGAUGGUCUGGGAAGCCCUACUGCCAAGAUAACAACUGGUGUGGUAGACCUGGCAAAUGUUAAUGCCACUAUCAAUAAUCAGAUUAAUUCCAACACCACAGCACCACCCAACACGACUGCAGCACCACCCAACACGACUGCAGCUCCAACAACACCUGCCCCACUGGUGCCUGACACUAAUGUGACAAUUCUUAAUGCCUCUAUUACUAGAACUGAAUGUGGCAGGAAACAGCUCUGUGCAGCUCAGCCCUCUGGCUGUGACCCCUCAAACGGGACAUGUUUCUUCCUUGGUGCCCAAGCGCUUGGAGGUCAAAAUUUUAUGUUUGACCUUGCAGGAGAAUCAGACGGCUACAUUGCUGCCACGCUGUCACGUAACACACAGGGAGUCAAUGACACAACCUACAUCUGUGCAAAUAACAAUGGUGUAGUCAAAUUCUUCAGUGCUCUUCUGAACAACGGCAAGCUGACUACGCACACCGGUGAGUUCUACUAG